CCUGGGCCACUAAGGGGCGCGGGACGGCUUCUCGCAGCCAAUCACAGCUUGUCUUACUUCCCCCGUUCAAAGUCGGCGGGCGCGAUGGCCAAUGCUGGUUAGGUCCUGCCCAUACGUCUAGUGAGCGACGGUCCUGGCAGCCAAUGACGUGGGGCGCGGCCUGGCGGCGGAGGUGGCGGCUUCGGCGGGGCUGGUGAGGCGGCGAUGGCGGACCGAGGAGGCGGUGGCGGCGGCGCUGGGGCUGGCGGCGGCGGCGAGGGAGACGCGGGGGCGGCGGCGGCGGAGCGGUACAAUAACGAGCUCAGAAUGGCUCAGCAGCAAGCACUGAGAUUUCGUGGCCCAGCACCCCCACCAAACGCUGUCAUGAGGGGUCCACCACCUCUCAUGCGCCCACCUCCACCUUUCGGCAUGAUGAGAGGUCCACCUCCACCACCUCGUCCCCCCUUUGGACGUCCUCCAUUUGAUCCUAAUAUGCCUCCAAUGCCACCUCCAGGAGGGAUUCCUCCACCAAUGGGGCCUCCACAUCUACAGAGGCCACCAUUCAUGCCUCCUCCAAUGGGUAGCAUGCCACCGCCUCCUGGUAUGAUGUUUCCUCCGGGGAUGCCACCUGUCACUGCCCCUGGAACUCCAACUAUGCCACCCACUGAAGAGAUAUGGGUAGAAAACAAGACUCCAGAUGGCAAGGUCUAUUUCUAUAAUGCACGAACGCGUGAGUCUGCAUGGACCAAGCCAGAUGGGGUAAAGGUUAUUCAGCAAUCAGAACUGACACCAAUGCUUGCUGCCCAAGCCCAGGCACAGGCACAAGCCCAAGCGCAGGCACAGGCACAGGCACAAGCCCAAGCGCAGGCACAAGCCCAAGGUGUCUCCACACCAGCAACCAGUAGUCCUGCAUCUUCAGUGUCUCCAUCAACAUCAUCAAGUACUCAGUCCUCCAUGACCUCUACUACAACCACAGCCACUUCAAUUUCACAGACCAUCUCCACACCGACAACACAAGAUCAGACCACAAGUUCAGGUGUUUCAGUUGCUACAUCUUCAGUUAGUGUUUCAACCUCCACUCCUUCUGCUACACCUGUGCAGACUGUACCCCAGCAAGUCCCACAGACGUUGCCUCCUGCAGUUCCUCAUGCAGUACCUCAGCCAACAGCAACAAUUCCUGCUUUUCCACCUGUAAUGGUACCUCCAUUUCGUGUUCCCCUUCCUGGCAUGCCUAUUCCACUUCCAGGUGUAGCAAUGAUGCAAAUAGUCAGCUGCCCGUAUGUAAAGACAGUCGCUACCACCAAGACGGGUGUCUUGCCAGGAAUGGCCCCUCCUAUUGUACCUAUGAUCCAUCCUCAGGUUGCUAUUGCCGCUUCACCUGCUACUUUGGCUGGAGCAACAGCAGUCUCUGAAUGGACAGAGUACAAAACAGCAGAUGGGAAGACUUACUAUUAUAACAAUAGGACUUUGGAAUCAACAUGGGAAAGACCCCAAGAACUAAAAGAGAAAGGUACAGCAUUCGAUUUUAGAGUCCAGCCACAACUAGAAAAAGUAGAAGAGAAGAUUAAAGAACCUAUUAAAGAACCUACAGAGGAGCCUUUGCCAAUGGAAACAGAAGAAGAGGAACCCAAAGAAGAACCUAUAAAAUUGCUGAUAAAAGAGGAGCCAAAAGAGGAAGAAAUGACUGAAGAAGAAAAAGCAGCUCAGAAAGCAAAACCAGUUGCAACUACUCCUAUUCCUGGAACCCCAUGGUGUGUGGUAUGGACUGGUGAUGAGCGGGUUUUUUUCUACAACCCAACCACUCGUCUCUCUAUGUGGGACCGGCCAGAGGACUUAAUUGGAAGAGCUGAUGUGGACAAAAUUAUUCAGGAACCUCCUCACAAAAAAGGAAUGGAAGAAGGAAAGAAACAAAUUAAAGAAGAUCAUGAAUCAGCAGAGGAAACAAAUGAUGAUGAGCCUAUUAAAACAAAGAAGCGAAAGAAAGAUGACAACAAAGACAUUGAUUCAGACAAGGAGGCUGCCAUGGAAGCUGAAAUUAAAGCUGCACGUGAGAGGGCCAUUGUCCCGCUGGAGGCUCGAAUGAAACAGUUCAAGGAUAUGCUGCUAGAGAGAGGGGUUUCUGCCUUUUCAACCUGGGAGAAGGAGCUGCACAAGAUAGUUUUCGAUCCUCGGUACUUGCUUCUCAAUCCUAAAGAAAGGAAACAGGUAUUUGACCAGUAUGUGAAGACCAGAGCAGAAGAAGAGCGUAAGGAAAAGAAAAACAAAAUAAUGCAGGCCAAGGAGGAUUUCAAGAAAAUGAUGGAAGAAGCAAAGUUUAAUCCAAGAGCUACUUUUAGUGAAUUUGCAGCCAAGCAUGCUAAAGACUCGAGAUUCAAGGCAAUUGAAAAGAUGAAAGAUCGAGAGGCCUUGUUUAACGAGUUUGUCACAGCGGCAAGAAAGAAGGAGAAAGAAGAUUCGAAGACCAGAGGUGAGAAGAUUAAAAUGGACUUCUUUGAACUACUGUCUAAUCACCACUUGGACAGUCAGUCUCGCUGGAGCAAAGUGAAGGACAAAGUAGAGACUGAUCCCCGUUACAAAGCAGUGGAUAGCUCUUCACAGAGGGAAGACCUUUUUAAACAAUACAUUGAAAAAAUAGCUAAGAAUUUAGACUCUGAAAAGGAAAAGGAGUUGGAAAGGCAGGCUCGCAUUGAGGCAAGUUUGCGUGAACGAGAAAGGGAGGUUCAGAAAGCUCGUUCUGAGCAGACCAAGGAAAUCGAUAGAGAACGUGAACAGCACAAACGAGAAGAGGCUAUCCAGAAUUUCAAAGCGCUUCUAUCUGAUAUGGUGAGAUCUUCAGAUGUGUCAUGGUCCGAUACUCGGAGGACACUCCGAAAAGAUCAUCGGUGGGAAUCUGGCUCUCUGCUAGAAAGAGAAGAGAAAGAGAAGCUUUUUAAUGAACACAUUGAAGCACUUACCAAAAAGAAGAGGGAGCAUUUUCGGCAACUUCUGGAUGAAACUUCAGCGAUUACUUUAACAUCAACAUGGAAAGAAGUGAAAAAAAUCAUUAAAGAAGAUCCCAGGUGCAUUAAGUUCUCUUCCAGUGACAGGAAAAAACAAAGGGAGUUUGAAGAGUACAUCAGAGACAAAUACAUUACUGCCAAAGCUGACUUCAGGACGCUAUUGAAAGAGACCAAAUUUAUAACGUACAGAUACAGCACAGGCAGUGGCAGUGCAAGAUUUUUUACACACGCAUUCCUGCCAAUGUGCCUCACCCCUGACCUGAUGGGGCAUCUGUAUAGAUCCAAAAAGUUGAUCCAAGAAUCCGACCAGCACCUGAAAGAUGUAGAAAAGAUUUUACAGAAUGACAAGCGUUAUCUGGUACUUGACUGUGUGCCAGAGGAGAGGCGCAAGCUCAUCGUAUCCUAUGUAGAUGACCUGGACCGUCGAGGUCCCCCUCCACCUCCCACAGCUUCAGAGCCUACAAGACGAACAACAAAAUAAUUAUAAAAUAUUCUCACAAUGGGGUGUCUGUUAAUUCAAAAGCUUGCAUGAGCCAUCUGUCCGGUUUUUACAUCUACAUUACUGUGAACCUAUUGAAAACGACCUGAGGAGCAGAAGAAGCAGCAGCAUUUGUGAACAUAAAAUGGUCUCUGUGCAAAGAGAACACUUAAGAUAUUUAUGCUUUUAUUUGUGUGGCAUGACUGACAAAAAUCCCAACCAUGCAGGCUGUCUCUAGUAAUUUUAGAUCUCAGAACAAUGGAAUAUCUGUAUAUGAGGUGUGGAUGUCAGUGAUAUUUGGAGGCAUUCUUUUCAGCAGUGUUAUAUAUGCAAGUCUUAAGAAUGAUUGACAUUUGUGGUUUGAACUAAACUACACAAGUACCACAAAUUUCCUCCUAAUGGUUACCCAAAUUCAGCUGUUUUAACAGACAAAACACUGUCUCAAGUUAAACUAUUGAGUGCUGAAGGCAACAGUAAAAAAAAAAAAAUUCUUAAAUCUGAAAACAAAGGGUCUGAUUCUCUAUUUGCUUUCACCCUUGUAAAUCAGAAUUAAGUCUAUUAAGUCUAUAGAGUGACAGUGAUGUGAGUGAAGAAUUAGGCCCACAGAGACCAAAUUAAACACCAUUCUGAAUUUGUUCACGCGUCUGCUUUAUUUCUCCCCCCUCUCCCCACCCACUUUGAAGUACAGGCAAAAUCAGGUUUCUUUUGCCCAAGUGAAGAUUUGUCUGAUGAUUUUUUGCUCAAAAUUGGAAACACAGUAAAUAACAAUGGUUCCCAGAACAGGACGGUUGUAUAAACAUAUUUUUAUUUACCAUAAAGUGAUCUUUACUGACUUCUGGAUUAGACCAUGAAUUUCCCUUCUGGGUAAUUCUUGUAAACUAUACUCCUGUUAUGAAUGUUAAACUUGUGUUUCUAAAGUUUAAUUUUGAAAUGUUGGGAUUGUUUAGUUUAUGUAUUUGAACUACAAUAAACCAACCCUUUUUAUAUA